GAGUCCCCUCCCCCACAAACCACAAGGCCCCUUUUUUAUCCCUCUCUCCCUCGCUCUUCUAUGCGCAACUCCAGGAAGGUUGGCACGAAAUCUGAAUCCUAAAGUUCCAAUAUCAGAUUUUUAUUUUUAUUUUAUUCUUUUGCCCAAAAUCAAAUGGGUUUCUCAGAUCUUCUUCUUUUUACAUGACAAGCUCACCUCUUUCCCAUUUUAUUUAAACAUCAAUGUCUCUCUUUGCCGCCAUUGUUGUUCUCAUCACAUUCUCUCCAUAUUCUUCAUCAACACCCAUCAACGCUUGUUCUUCCAAACCAAAAACCUCAAAAUCUCCCUCUCCUUGUCCUCCCUUCACUUCUUCUCCUUCUUUCCCUUUCUCUUCCUCCCCAGGCUGCGGCCACCCAGCUUUCCAAGUAAAAUGCUCAACCCCACACUCCACAAUCUCCAUUAACGACCUUUCUUUCUCUGUUCUCAGCUACGAACCAAACUCCUCUUCUCUUCUCCUCUCCCCAAACCCCUCCGACCCAGAAACCUGCUCUUCUCUCCGUUUCGUCUCGAUCCCUCGCCGCCCGAUCAAUCUCACCGGAUCGCCGUUUCGCGUCUCGGAAGCUUACUGUUCGCGGCUCUCCGUUCUCCGAUCUUGUUCCCCUCCGGUCUUGCCUAACUGCAGCCACUGUCCGUGGCAAUGCAAGCUCGUGAAGAGCCCAGUUCAUCUUCUUCUUCACGGCUGUGGAUCUGUUCACCGUCACGCGGCGGAGCAACAGGGCUGCCAAGAGGAUGUUUUGGAGUAUCUCGAUGUGUUGAUGCAGAUUGGGAUCAAGUUUGAGUGGGAUGAGGUUAAAGAUGCUUACUUUACGAACUGUACGGAAUGUCGCUCCAAAAAUGGCGUCUGCGGAUUCAACUCCUCCGAUCCGAACAAACACUUCGUCUGCUUCCACUCUCGAGCUCGAUUCUCUCCGCCGUGGAUUAGCGUGGACAGCCCUACGAGAAUCGCGGUCUUGUGCUCUGUUUUCGCUUUGGCUUGUGUGUUGCUCUUUGCUGUUGUCGGUUUAUCAAUUUUCCGCUCCGGGAGAUUCAGAUCAUCCGUCGCCGGCGAAGAUCCGACGGCGUUGUUCCUCCAUCGCCACCGGUUGGCGAAUCUCCUCCCGCCGGUUUUUACCUACGAGGAGUUGGAAAGCUCGACGAACCAGUUCGACCCGAAGAGGAAAAUCGGCGACGGCGGGUUCGGGUCGGUUUACCUAGGGCAGCUCCGCGACGGCCGGAUCGUCGCUGUGAAGUACCUUCACAAGCAGAACCACCAUGGAAAGGCCUUCACGAGCAAAUCCUUCUGCAACGAAAUCCUAAUCCUCUCGUCGAUUAAUCACCCAAACCUCGUCAAGCUUCACGGCUACUGCAGCGACCCGAGGGGUCUUCUCCUUGUCUACGACUACGUCCCGAACGGAACCCUAGCCGACAACCUCCACGGCCCCAAAUCGCAGCACCGGAAGGGAUCGCUGACGUGGCAGGUCAGAGUCGACAUUGCUCUGCAAACCGCCAUGGCCAUGGAGUAUCUCCACUUCUCCGUCGUGCCGCCGGUGGUUCACAGAGACAUUACGUCGUCGAACAUCUUCAUCGAGAGGGAUAUGAGAGUAAAGGUCGGAGAUUUCGGGCUCUCGCGGCUUCUUUCGCCUCCGCCGGAGAAUGCCUCGACGGCAACGUCGCGAUCAGGUUGCGUCUGGACCGGGCCGCAGGGGACACCGGGGUAUCUCGACCCGGAUUACCACCGGUCGUUCCGGUUAACGGAGAAGAGCGACGUGUAUAGUUUUGGUGUCGUUUUGCUAGAGCUGAUUUCAGGCAUGAAGGCGGUUGAUCAGAGCAGGAGUAAGAUGGAGAUGUCGUUGGCGGAUUUGGUCGUUUCGAAGAUCCACAUGGGGUUGCUCCACCAGGUGGUGGACCCAGUUCUGGCAAUCGGCGACGACGGCGACGCCAUUGAGGGCGUCGACGCGGUGGCGGAGCUGGCUUUUCGGUGCGUCGCGGCAGAUAAGGACGAUAGGCCCGACGCGAGGGAGGUUGUGGAGGAGCUUAGUCUGAUCAGGAGCCGUACACGUGAGGGUGGAGGCGGGCCCCACCUUGAUCAAUGCGUCCAACACGAGCGUUGAGGCUGGUGACGUGGCGAUGGGGUGAAUGUUUUAGAGUUUGAUUUGAUUGGCGGUGGGGUCAAAUGCACAUGUGUGGGUUUUGACUGAUGAAGUGGACCACCUUCGUUUUGUGUCAGAAGUGUUUUUGGACGCAUCACAUGUAGAGAUAUUUUCUUUUUCUUUUUCUUUUUUGGAAAUUAAUGUAAAAUUUUCCAGGAAAAAAAAAAUGUAGAAAUAUUAAUAGAAUCUGUUGCUGCCAAACUUUCGGAUUAUGUCGUUGUGGUCCUUAGUUUUUCCUUUCUUGGGACGUUCCUAGGCUUUACCAUGUUUUACGUAAACGAACAAUCUCAGCCGUUCAGAAAACUAUCAAUUUUUAGCUGAAAAGUUUUUUAAUAGACUUCCAUAAUUUCUUCGUGCA